GAGGUUAAAGUUGACGCUUCCGGCCGGUGUCUCUCUUCAGCUCUCCGCUUCCCGCAGACAGUCCUUCACUCCGCACAGCCAUGUCCAACGUCGCCGAUACCAAACUAUACGACAUUCUCGGGGUCUCCCCCUCGGCCUCCGAAAACGAACUGAAAAAGGCUUAUCGGAAAUUAGCAAAGGAAUAUCACCCUGACAAAAAUCCAAAUGCUGGAGACAAGUUCAAAGAGAUUAGCUUUGCAUAUGAAGUACUAACUAACCCAGAGAAGAGAGAUUUGUACGACCGUUAUGGGGAACAGGGUCUGCGAGAAGGUGGCUGUGGAGGAGGUGGGAUGGAUGACAUCUUUUCCCAUAUUUUUGGCGGUGGUCUGUUUGGCUUUAUGGGAGGACAGGGUCGGAGCAGGAACGGAGGGCGGCGGAGAGGGGAAGAUAUGGUCCACCCCCUGAAGGUGUCUCUUGAAGAUGUGUACAAUGGAAAAACAACCAAAUUACAGCUGAGCAAGAAUGUUCUGUGUAGCACUUGUAAUGGUCAAGGCGGGAAGUCUGGUGCGGUCCAGAAGUGCACAGCCUGCAGGGGGCGUGGUAUGCGCAUUAUGAUCAGACAGCUGGCUCCUGGCAUGGUCCAACAGAUGCAGUCAGUGUGCACUGACUGUAAUGGUGAAGGUGAGGUGAUCAGCGAGAAGGAUCGCUGCAAAAAGUGUGAGGGGAAGAAGGUAAUUAAAGAAGUGAAGAUUCUGGAGGUGCAUGUGGAUAAAGGUAUGAAGCACGGACAGAAGAUCACCUUCGGCGGCGAAGCUGACCAGGCACCUGGAUUAGAACCUGGAGACAUUGUCUUGGUCCUGCAGGAAAAGGAACAUGAGACGUACAGAAGAGAGGGCAACGACUUGCACAUGACCCAUAAGAUUGGCCUUGUUGAAGCACUUUGUGGUUUCCAUUUCACAUUGAAACACUUAGAUGGUAGACAGAUUGUGGUGAAAUACCCAGCUGGCAAAAUCAUUGAGCCAGGUUCAGUCAGAGUUGUUAGAGGAGAGGGUAUGCCACAGUACCGUAACCCCUUCGAGAAGGGUGACCUGUUCAUCAAGUUUGACGUGCAAUUCCCAGACAACAAUUGGUUAAGCCCAGAGAAGCUGACGGAGUUGGAGGACUUGCUGCCUACACGGGCCGACGCGCCAGUCAUCUCUGGAGACGCAGAGGAGGUGGACCUGCAGGAGUUCGACAUGAGCCAGAGCUCCUCCGGUGGUCACCGCCGUGAAGCGUACAACGACAGCUCAGAUGAAGAAGGAGGACAUCACGGGCCUGGCGUGCAGUGUGCCCAUCAGUAAAUCCGACUACAGCAAAUAUCUUGUCCGGCUCCAACAGUGGGGAUUAAAAAAAUGUUCUAGUUGCACAAUAAACAGGUGUGUUUAUAAUCUGAUUCGGGGCUGCCUUAAAUGAUGAGAAUUAUGUACAGCCAUUCCUGACCACCUGAUUCCCUUGUAGUAAACGCACAGAUGAUCCCACAUCUAGUAACCCUUUCUUGCCCCCUCCUCUUCUCCCUGUGGCCCUCUAGAGGCAACCCCACUUCAGAGAGGAAAGGGUAAUUGAUGCAUACUGUGUGUAACUUGCAUUUUUUUGUUGUUGUCAUAGUAUUCAAGAUAAAUCUAACCAUAAAAUGCAGUUUUGGCCCUGGACUUGAGACUUUUGUUGGAGAGCAGUGACAUAACAGAAGGGGAGUUGAGAGAUCCUAAAACAAAACAAAAAAGAAAUAGAAAUGCCGCAAUGGGACUCUAUCACAAUCCAUUUUUUUAGGUUUGUUUGUAUCUGUGCGCAGUUUUUACCACUUUUAUUUUAUUUGUAGAUUUUUUUUUUUUUUUCUUUUUUUUUUCUUUUUCUUUUCCUUUCUUUGAUAUUUUAAGAAUUGGAACAAGAGAUAACAUGUAUAAAAUAAGUGAUUGUCAUUUAAGCUUUGUAUCAGCUGCUGUCACAAUUGAGUGUGUUUUAUGUUUUGAAAUAGUUAAUAAAAAUAAAAUCAGUUGCCUGUUGUCAGCUAAGGUGCAUGUUGAACAUUUUGGUCCCUUCACUGAUUGAAACGUCUGUCAAGAGAACGAGACAUCAUACACAAUGAAAUGAGUGGAGGAAAAAGCACCUUUAGGCUUAUAUCUUCUGUGAAAGUUUGAGUUGUUGAAUAAAAUGUCUUUCAGUAUCUCCUCAAAA